UGUGCUAAUCUUCCAAAUACUUAAUCCUGCUCUCUAUCACAAGGAAGUUUCUUUGCUAUUGAAUGUUGGAAGUCAAAGCAGCAUUUGAGAACUAAGUUUAUGAGUCUGUCUUUGCUUCUAAUUUGCUAUUGGAUAUGUCUGUGUCCACCGUAUUUCCCAUUUCUAGAAAAUGGAUUCACUUCCGGUUAUACUUUUCAUGAUUCUAUCACUUUUGUUACCAGCUACCGUUUCUGGUGAAGAUCCUCUUUCCACUUUUUGCUCAGCUGAUGCCAGUCACUAUACUCCUAGCAGCCAAUUUGAAAGUAAUCUCAAGCAGCUCCUUAAGUCAUUGUCAUUCAACACUUCCAUCUCCGGUGGUUUCUACAACGACACAAUUGGCACUAGCCAUGACAAAGUCUAUGGACAAACGCUUUGUAGAUGGGAUGUGAACUUCAGAGUUUGUCAGAAAUGUGUGAGCGAUGCAAGCCAGGAAAUCUUCAACAGUUGUAAAUCUACAGAUGCAAUGAUCUGGUAUGAACUAUGUCAAGUUCGCUAUUCCUACCAGAUGUUCUUUUCGUCGAUGUCUUAUACUGGGAAGUACCCUGACCAGAAUAAUCAGCAGAAGAAUGUACCAGAUGCACAUUAUUUUGGUGAUGUUUUGAUGUACUUAAUGAGAAACCUCUCCGGAAAGUCUGUGUUUACUCCUCCAAAAAAUAUGUUUGCAACUGGUGAAAUCGAGUUUUCGGGAAAUAGAACUAUUUAUGGUCUGGAACAAUGCACCAGAGACAUCUCUGAGAGUGAUUGCAAUAACUGUCUGGUUUCUGCUUUGGAGGAUCUUUCAUCAUGCUGCUCCUCUCAUCAAGGUGGAACUGUAGUCAGUAGAAAUUGUAAUGUGAGGUUUGAGCUCUACCGGUUUUUUAAUGACACCUCAAGCAGUCCUUUAAUUCAUCCAUAUUCAAAAGGGGAUGACAGUAAGAUUUGGAAGGUGGUGGUUACAUGUGCAUCAACUAUUCUAUUUGCAGUUCUAGUUCUACUUUGUGCUGUUCAUUUUAGAAGGAAAAAGGGAUUAAAACAUGUCACAGAUGAAGAGAGAAGCGAGCAUGUACUAUUACAUGAUCUGGCAAGUCCCACUGAAGUCACAAUUACAGAAGAAGGCGUCUUGCUGACUUCUGAGGAGCUGCCAUUCGUUGAUGUAGCAACUAUAAAGAUAGCUACAGAUGACUUUUCAGAUUCCAACAAGCUUGGACAAGGUGGGUUUGGUACUGUUUACAAGGGUGUGCUACCAGAUGGGAGAGAAGUAGCUGUUAAAAGAUUGUCAAGGAAGUCAUGGCAAGGCUUGGAGGAGUUUAAAAAUGAAGUCAUACUCAUCGCAAAGCUUCAACACAGAAACCUUGUGCGGCUCUUGGCAUGUGGCUUUGAAGGAGAGGAGAAGCUGCUUUUGUAUGAGUACAUGCCAAAUAAAAGCCUUGAUACUUUUAUCUUUGAUUCGCAAAGGCGUGCUGAACUUAGUUGGGAAACAUAUCACAACAUCAUUAAAGGAAUCGCCAGAGGACUUCUGUAUCUUCAUGAAGACUCCCGGCUCAGAAUCAUUCACAGAGAUUUAAAGCCCAGCAAUGUACUUUUGGACCAUGGAAUGGUGGCCAAAAUUUCAGAUUUUGGCAUGGCAAGGAUAUUUUGUGAAAACCAAAACACAGCUAAUACUAAAAGAGUUGUAGGAACAUAUGGUUACAUGGCUCCGGAGUAUGCAAUGGAGGGUCUAUUUUCUGUAAAGUCUGAUGUUUUCAGCUUUGGAGUAAUCAUGCUUGAGAUUAUUAGUGGGAAAAGAAAUAGUAGAUUCUACACUGAACAUGCCAAGACACUGGCUGCAUAUGCAUGGAACCUAUGGAAGGAUGGAAAAGAAGUUGAAUUUGUAGAGCCUUGCUUGCUGGAAUCAUCCCCAACAAAAGAGAUUUUGAGAUGCAUGCACAUCGGGCUUUUGUGUGUCCAGGAAGACCCUGAAGAAAGACCAAAAAUGUCAGAUGUGGUUGUGUUGGUGGGAAGUGAUUCAAUUGAGCUUCCUGAGCCAAAGAAACCAGCAAUAUUUGCAGCAAGUAGAAUUGCUCCAAUUGACGAGUCUACUUCUAGUCCUACUCCGAACGGCCUCACUCUUUCCAUCAUUUUGCCAAGGUGAAUUUGCUCAGUAUGUGCAGAGAUUGAAAACUGAAAGUUCAAAGCAGGAGAUGGAUAGUGUCAUGUACAUAAUAGGUAAUAAAUGGAUGCAAUAGAAGUUGCAAGUUUUUAUGUAGCAACGAGGAGCAUUGUAAUGUAUGCCAUAACUUGUAAAGAAAGCCAAUUUCCAUAUUGUUAA